GUGACUGGCGGAAACGGGAACCUGCAGCCGCGGGGGCCGGAGUCCUGGGGCAUGGCGGGGGCGGGGCAGGGGGAGGCGCGCACGGAACAGGCUGGGGCGUCCCUCGCCCUGGCUCUUUGAGCCUGGACCAGACAGGUGCUGGGAAUACAGCAAGGAAUUAGACCAGUUCCCUGCUCUCUGGUAUGGGGGGACAGAUACUAAAAAGAGAUGUGAUAAUGGAUCAUCAUGUUUCUACCAUCAGGCCUCGAAGAAUCCAAAACCAAAAUGUCAUUCACCGCUUGGAGCGCCGGCGGAUCAGUUCAGGCAAGGCAGGUACCCACUGGCACCAAGUCCGAGUGUUCCAUCAGAAUGUCUUCCCCAACUUCACAGUUGUCAACGUUGAAAAGCCUCCUUGUUUUUUGCGUAAAUUCUCACCUGACGGACGCUACUUUAUUGCUUUUUCUUCAGACCAGACAUCUCUUGAAAUCUAUGAGUACCAGGGCUGCCAGGCAGCAGAGGACCUACUGCAGGGAUAUGAAGGAGAAAUCCUGUCCAAUGGCAAUGACCAGCGGUCAGUGAAUAUCCGGGGCCGGCUCUUUGAACGCUUUUUUGUCCUGCUGCACAUUACCAAUGUUGCAGCCAAUGGUGAGCACCUGAACCGGGAGUGUAGUCUCUUCACUGAUGACUGCCGCUGUGUCAUCGUGGGCUCAGCUGCCUACCUCCCGGAUGAGCCUCACCCUCCAUUUUUUGAGGUAUAUCGGAACAGUGAAUCAGUGACCCCCAACCCACGGUCCCCUCUAGAAGACUAUUCCCUCCACAUCAUUGACCUUCAUACUGGCCGCUUAUGUGAUACACGCACAUUCAAGUGUGACAAGGUGGUCUUGUCACACAACCAAGGGCUGUACUUGUACAAAAACAUCCUGGCCAUCUUGUCUGUGCAACAACAGACCAUCCAUGUCUUCCAGGUGACUCCUGAAGGCACUUUCAUUGAUGUGCGGACCAUUGGCCGCUUUUGCUAUGAGGAUGACCUGCUCACUGUGUCAGCUGUUUUCCCUGAGGUACAGCGGGACAGUCAGACAGGCAUGGCCAAUCCCUUUAGGGAUCCUUUCAUCAAUUCCCUCAAACACCGGUUGCUGGUGUAUUUGUGGCGCCGGGCAGAACAGGAUGGUAGCGCAAUGGCCAAGAGGCGCUUCUUCCAGUAUUUUGACCAACUGCGGCAGCUGCGAAUGUGGAAAAUGCAGCUUCUGGAUGAAAACCAUCUGUUUAUCAAGUACACUAGUGAGGAUGUAGUAACACUGCGAGUCACAGAUCCAUCACAGGCAUCUUUCUUUGUGGUAUACAAUAUGGUGACAACAGAGGUGAUUGCUGUGUUUGAGAAUACGUCAGAUGAGCUUUUGGAGCUCUUUGAGAACUUCUGUGACCUUUUUCGUAAUGCUACCCUGCACAGUGAAGUCCAGUUUCCCUGCUCAGCUUCUAGCAACAAUUUUGCAAGGCAGAUCCAGCGCCGGAAGCCUAUGGAGAUGUACUUCAAUAGACCACAAAAGAAUGGUAUGUAGGAAAUAGUCUGACACUGGAGAGAGGCAAAGAGAGUCCUGAGGAUAAUGAUAAAGGGAAUUUGCAGAAUGACUGUCCACCUGUCAGACCAUUUGGAAGCACGAGAGUGGAGGAGUCCAAGAAGAAUGUGUCCAAGGAAAAAAAAAAUUGUUAGAAUACUGGUAAGUUUGAGUAUAUUAAGAAGAGAUUGUCAGUUUUCCUAGUAGAGUUGUCGGCAUAGGCUUCACUGAGAAGGUGGUGGUUGAGAAAGCUUUUGAAGGAAGUCAGGGGGCAAGCCAUGUGGAUAGCAGGAAGAAGAAUAUACCCAGCAAAAGGAAUAGCAUAUCUAAAGGCCCUGAGGUGGAUCUGAUGCAUUUGAGGGACAGCAAGAAGGCCAGGGUGGCUGGACCGGAGUGAGCAAGGGGCAGAGUAGUUGGAAAUAGGGCCAGAGACCUGAUUUGGGGUGGGGAGGUAGGCGGAUACAUAGGGCCAUUCUAUAGUCUUGGCUUUAACUAUAGAUGAGGUAGAUUGUGUCAUGUUUGAGCAGAGGAAUGACAUAGUCUCACUUAUGUUUUAACAGAGUCAUUCUGGCUGUUCUGUUAAGAUUAGAAUGUAGGCAGAUAGGGUGGCAGCAGGGAUACCAGUUAAGAGACUUUUGCAGUGAUCCAGUAAGUAUAACUAUGGCAUUCUGUUUCCUGCCACUAGGAUUUAAGUUCUUUACUGUCCACUAAUGUAUCCUAAGCACCUAGAAGAGUGUCUGGCACAUACCAAGUCCUCUGUGAUUAUUUGUUGUUUAACGGUGGUGGCUUGGAUCAGGGUGGUAGCAUUGGGAAUAGUAAGUAAUUAUAUUCUCAAUGUAUUUUGAAGGUUAGAGCCCAGUGGAUUAAUGGAGGAUGGUCUAUGGGCUAUGAAAGAACAAAGUCAAAGAUAAUUCUAACAUUUUUGGAUUGAACAACUUGCAAGAGAGAGUUGCCAUUAAACUGUAAACCUGUUGGUAGAGCAGGUUUAGGGGAGAGGAUCAAAAGUUCUGUAAGUGGAGGUGUCUC